AUGCUGCAAGCCCACGGUUCUUACAAGCGACGCGGUGACAAUAUGGCUGCCGCGAGAGCAGCUCUCAUCGCCGCUUGGGAGCUGAAAGAGAAGGAGUUUAAUCUUGAGGAUCAUGUUCGUCGUGCCGAUCUUGCCGUUGUGUGGGGUGACAAGUCUGUAGAGACAGCGCAAGCGCGACUCGACUUCCUAAAGAUUUACCGCAAUGCCUUUGAAUUUACCGGAAUAGAUGGCCACACCGAAGCAGGGGAAGCUGCCAUCAAUAGCGGUCGAGCAGCUGUUGUCAAGGCUAAAAAGGACCAAGAAAAGAUCUGGCGCAAGCAUCAGCUCGAGUACAUCGGCGUCGCCGGUUACUAG